AUCCCAGCACUGGAGAAGCAGAGGCAGGGUUGUUUGUCACUCUCAAAGGGGAGACCCACAGGUUGAGAACCACUGCAGUAGAGGAAGACCAGAUUAGAGCAUCCUGGACUCUUGCCAUUCCUGAUUCAUUUAGCAGUGACCUUGGUUGGCAUCUCCUCAAAGAAUGAAACAGCAGCUGAUCUCUUUUGACUUCUUGAAAUCCUUAGAAGACUUAACCAUCCUAGCUUCUUUAAUGGCCUUGUACAGGGGCUGAAGAAAUGGCUCAGCAAUUAAGAACACAUUUUGUUCUUGCAGGGGACCCAAGUUUAACUUCCAGAAUCCAGAUCAGGUAGCUCACAUCCAUCUGUCACCCCAGCUCUAGGCGAUUCAAAGCUUCCUCUCCUCUCACCCACCUCCCCCCCCCAAAAAUAAUGAAAAGGCCUUUCUAUUCAAUCGCAUGCAGAGUGGCCCACAAAAGCCACAUCCUGGUGCUAGCCCUUCAUAUUAAUUCUCAUCUCACAAAAGGAGAACACAGCAUUGGAUAGGGCUAAUCCAGUACGAUAGCUUCAGAGAUGACAGGGCUUAAGACGAUACCUUUGAGGGCACAAUGCAAGUGCAUCUCUAGAACCUUCUAUUCUAGAACCUACACCCAGUCCUUUGGAGUUUCUCCUCUCCAGUCAGUCUAGAGCUGUGGAAGCCUCCUCCUGAGGCUCUUAACCUACGCUUUUAGCCUAAAACCCACUACGCCUUCAGAAACUCGACUGUUUUCUCCAAGGGACGGCGGGUCCUUCCUGGCCUUCUGCUUCCCUAGUCCCUUGCCCUCUGAAACAAGUUAGACCUCCGCUGUGUCCCUUCCCCUGGCUGACGGGCAGUAAGCUGGCCCACCAAGCCCAAUUCUGUGGCACCCUGCCUUCCAUGAGGAGCAACAGCCGGCGCAAGUUGGAUCAGAGGGUGUUCAUAGAACAGGUUCGAGAAUGCAUGAACAAUGGUUACUUGCUCUCCUCCAAGAAGAUCGGAUCUGGUGCUUUCUCCAAGGUCUACUUGGCCUAUGCAACACGUGAGCGCAUGAAGCACAACCCUAGGCUAUCCUGUGACUUGCGGGGCAAGCACCACACUAUGGUGGCUAUUAAGAUUGUGUCCACGGCUGAAGCCCCAGCGGAAUAUUCCAGAAAGUUCCUGCCCCGGGAGAUUUUAUCACUCAAUGCUACCUACAAGCACGUGAACAUAGUUCAGCUGUAUGAGACCUACCAGAACAGCCAGCGCUCCUACCUGGUACUGGAGUUGGCAGCGAGAGGUGACCUGUUGGAGCAUAUCAAUGCAGUGUCAGACCUCCGAUGUUGCCCAGGGCUGGAGGAAGAAGAGGCCCGAAGGCUGUUCUGGCAACUGGUCAGCGCUGUGGCCCACUGCCACAAUGUUGGCAUUGUACACAGGGACUUGAAAUGUGAAAAUAUCCUGUUGGAUGACCAGGGCUUCAUAAAGCUGACAGAUUUUGGCUUUGCCAACUGGGUGAGGCUUAAGAAUUCUCUGCUGAGCACUUUCUGUGGCUCUGUGGCCUACACGGCCCCAGAGAUCCUCAUGAGCAAGAAGUACAACGGUGAGCAGGCUGAUCUGUGGAGCCUAGGGAUCAUCCUCCAUGCCAUGGUGUCUGGGAAGCUGCCCUUCAAGGAACACCAGCCCCAUCGCAUGCUGCACCUGAUUCGUCGAGGUCCCAUCUUCAAGCCAGGGCUGUCCCCAGAGUGCCGGGACCUGAUCCGAGGGCUGCUUCAGCUGCAUCCAUGUGACCGCCUAGACCUACAGCAGGUGGCUGCUCACUGCUGGAUGCUGCCUGCAGAACACAUGCUGCCCUCUGGGCUGGGAGCUCCCCGAGAACAGGAGCACUCCUGGUCCACAAUAGCCCUAGACAACAUAGAGCCUGACAGAGAUAGCAGGUAUGCCAGAAGCAAAGGCUCCAGCCCCUCCAGUGGCAGGACAUCUCCAAGGAGAGCCUCUCUGGCCCAGCUCUGCAGCACCUGGAAGCCUGCACCAGAGCAAUAGGUUCUACAACCCUUGGGCUUAGGCGUACCAUGGCAGGUGGCUGCUCUCUAUGUCCCAUGUUCUCCAACCGGAACAUGGCUGGGCACUCUCUGGUGAAUUGAGGGUGGGUGGGUGUGUGCAGAUAAAAAAAAAUGUUCAUUCUGUUGAA